AUGAACAUGCUUUUGACAGUACUGGCCAUCCCGAUCCUGGUGAACUAUGUCACAUCAAGUCCAGAUCCAUCGUUCCCCUCAGGCAGUGCAAGGGUCCAACAUCGACACGAGCGACCUGGCUACGACCAAGAUUCAGAAGAAUCGAGAUGUCCUCGCCCUUUGCAUUCCUGCCCAAUCAUGACCGCUCACCAUCUAUCGAAACCUAACCCUAACCAUUCUAUCAUUCCCACUCCCGUUAGAAAACACAAGACGAGCGCAUGGGAAUGUGUGGAUUUGCAAGAAGAGCUUACCGCUUGUGGAAGCUGCGAUAACGACUGCACGCGUAUACCUCAUGUGAAGGGUGUAGGUUGCGAGGAAGGCACAUGUCGUAUCCUAUCAUGCAAAACUGGAUUUUCGCCACAUUUCCAUAAGGAGAAGGAUGGCAGAUUAAGGAUAACAGGGUGUGUGUCGAAAAAGUCUCACCACAAGUUUGAUUUCUUUGGCUCGUUGAAUCAGCGACCCGGCGGGUCAAGAAAGAAGCGGUGA